AUGAACCUUCUUGCAAGACACCACACAAGCCUCUUUUUUUGUGCACAACCCUUUACCCCCAUACGAUGCAUAUCGUCCAUUACAAAGUUUGACACCAGGAAAUUUGUCCAAACAUUGCAAGAAAAAGGCGGAUUUGAUCCUAAGCAAGCUGAAGCCGCCGUUUCCGUUGUCAAUGGUGCCAUCAAUGAUGGGAUCUAUUCCAUCACAAACAACUUAGUCACGAAAGAAACCCUUUCGUCAAUAGCAUACCAACAGAAAGUAGAUUUUGCAAAAUUGAAAGGUGAGUUGCAAACAAUGGAUAAAUCCGAGUUCACGACAUUGAAGAAGGAACAAGAGAAAUUGAGAACAGACUUGACAAACUUGAAGAACAGAUUGAAGGAAGAGAUAACAAAGAACCAAGCCAGUGUUAGACUAGACUUGAACUUGGAGAAAGGUCGAAUCAGGGAAGAGAGCUCAAUUAACGAGUUGAAGAUUGAGGAUACAUUUAGUAGAAUAGACGAAGAAGUGGCAAAUAUGCAGCUGCAAAUUAAAUCGGUUAAGACGCAGGUUUUGCAAUGGUUAAUGGGUGUUAGCACUGGUACUUUGGCUGUUCUCUUGGCCGUUGGAAGAUUUUUAUACUAG